CUAAUAAUUGAACAAGAUUACUUAUUUUCGUUGAAAAUGAUGAAAGGAUGAGUUUAUCUAAACCUGUUCCUAACCAUCCAUCCCACCCACACUCAGUAGAACUUACCAACGAGCUGUCCCGCCUACAGUUCACAGUGGAACCAGUUCAGCUGCACACCGCUGACCAACUUCAAAAUGGCGGAGAUAAUUAUCAAACCAAACCAGUGGUUCUUUCUAUUGUGAGUUCCUUGCAUGAAAACAUGGUUCAGACAGUUGAUGAAGUUGAAGAGUCAGCCUGGGACAUCAGUAAUUCCCAUACCGUUCAUCACCCGGCAGAUAAUCGUCCAAUUAUUGAAUUAAAAUCCAUCCGACUUCAUAGUCAGCCAAUUUUUUCCAUUCUUAGCUCAUUUUGUCUGAAAGAAAAUGAUUUUGACAAUGCUAUAAAAGUGCUAGAUAAUGAGCUAAGCAGUGGUCAGGAUGUUUCUUGGGACUCUAUAACAACAGAAAAGCAGUCAGCUGACAGUCAGCAGUCAGCUGACAGAAUAACUUCUGACAGUGUUUUAGCUGUUACACAAAACAUGGGGCCGGAGAAAUUUCAAGAUAAAGAAGUGAGUCCGGAAAAUCCUCCAAGAAAUGAAAAUAUGGAAACAAUCAGCUCAAUCAAUCAAUCAUAUAGUUCAGAUUCUGAUUUCUCUACUGAUGAUUCUAAGAAAGGAUCCAGAGUAAAGGGUGCAUUUGUAAAUCUGUCCGUGAUGUCUAGUCCUGUUCGUGCAAUGGCGAGUAGAAAGUAUUCAAGAAUAGAAAAUAAAGAACAAAAUAAUCAGGAAAAGGUUCUCUUUUGCUCUCCGUUCCGAAGGCGGAGGGCACGACAAGCUAACAGAGCAAUACCGGACCGGACUGACAGGAUCGUGGAGAAGGGGAAGAAAGGGAAGGCGGAGAACAGGAGGGAAGAAGAGGAGAAAGUUGUCACAACUAUUUUGGACAGUAGGAUAAGUCUAGAGGAUGAGGGAAUUAAUCAGAUCCGUCUACAAGAUGAGGGAAUAAAUCUACAGGACGGGGAAAAUCAAAUGGAAGAUGCGGAGAUAAGGAAAGAGAAAAACAAUGGAAAAGAUGACACAGUUUUAGCUGAGGAGUUUAAGCGGAUAUAUUUGGAGAAAUUAGAGUCGGAAGCAAAUUACUUCAAGUACGAGGAUAGCGAGGAUGAAGAAAUAUGUACCUGCCAAGCUUGUUUGGAAUCCUAUGAAUCUUUGUACUCUGACUAUCAAGAGAAAUAUGAGAAAUUAGAAACACAAAAUAGAUAUUGUAGUAUUAUGUGAUCAAGAAUAUUGCAGUAUUAUAUGAUCAAUGAUAUUGUAGUAUUAUGUGAUCAAUAAUAUUGUAGUAUUAAUGUGAUCAAUAAUAUUGCAGUAAUAUGUGAUCAAUAAUAUUGUAGUAUUAUAUGAUCAAUAAUAUUGUUGUAUAAUGUGAUCAAUAAUAUUGUAGUAUUAUGUGAUCAAUAAUAUUG